GGCGAGCCGUGACUUUUUACGAAAACAAACUCGUUUAUUGAUAUAAAAUACUAUGAUUUAAACACGAACAGACCUAUAAUAAUUUAACUCUUGAACCCAAAACAAUCGUACGUAACUGGGAACUGUGUAUGGUAAUGUUGAGUAAGCUGUAUACAAAGUUUUUCUACUGUUUAUAGUUUAAAGCCGCGGCAACCUUGCCAAGUUGCGGAGCGCAACAGUUGUUUCGAGCUAUCGCAGAGUUUUGCUCUUUCGCUUUUGUUGAGGUUAUACUUGUUCGGCUUCCCGUCGCUUGGUUGGUCAGUCAUUUACUGGGUUUUACGGAGCGUUACCGCGUCGCGUGGAUUUUAUUUCGAAAACUUUGUGUUGCUUCGAAUACUAUCGAAAAAUGUUAAAAAAUGUAAUCUAAACACGUUUUGUGAUUGAAAUUGUGUUGGUUUAGUGUGUUCGGCGUGUUGUUGUGUGUGUAUUUUUAAGUGUAACAAAGUGCAUUCUUGGUGAUUCAUCUGAGAACAAGAAAAUCUGUUUUUGCCGUUGCUCGGCUUGGAUGUAGGUAUUACUCAUAAAAUUAUGUGUACCAUCGAAAGUGGUCCGUGAACCUUGGUUUUUUGGACCUGCGACUCUGCUUUGUGCGCUUCGUUUGUAAAAGACGUUUCGGAGCUUGUUACGUGGUCCGUAGUCACUGGGCGACAGUCGGAAAUAGAAAAGAUUUGUGGUUUCGCUAUGAAAACGAGAAUUUGCUAAGAUACAAGAAACCGAGUAAAAUCGCCUUGGCUGCAAGCUAAUGCACAAAUUUAUUUCUAUGAUUCGAGAGCACGCUUCGAAAUGGCUGGUCUACGGUUGCUUCUGGCCCUCAGUUUAAGUUUCUUCACCGCAUCAGCUGACUUCACUGCCAACUGUCCAACAGGCUGCAAAUGUGUCUGGGCUAGUGGCAACAAGCAAGCGAACUGCUCAAACAUACAAGAGAUCCCUAAAACACUCAGCGCUGACAUACAAAACCUCGACUUAAGUUACAAUGCUCUUUACGAAAUCUCCGGCAAUGCCUUCGAAGAUGUCGAAUUGAUUAAUCUAAAGAAACUUUAUCUAAGAGAGUGCAAACUUGAAACGAUUCACAGAAAUGGCUUUAGCGGUCUCGCUAUUAUGAUCGAAUUGGACUUAUCGAAAAACGCCUUGAAGACUUUACACGCCGAGUCUUUUAGAGAGACUGUCAAAAUUAGGUGGAUUAUACUGAACGACAACCAAUUAGAGAAAUUGGAUGACGGACUUUUCAGUAAUCUACCCUUUUUGCAGAAAGUCGAACUCAGCAAUAACAGAUUACAUCAAAUAGGCGUGAAGACAUUCGUCAACGUACCUAAAUUAAAUACUUUAGAAUUAGAUGGGAACAGGCUGGAAUAUCUCAAAGUUGAUACAUUAAGUUCCUUGUCUUUAUCCAAUUUGGAGGUACACGAUAAUCCUUGGCGUUGUGAUUGCUAUCUACAACCAUUUAGGAACUGGGUGAUCAGCAAACAUCUUUAUACUUCUCCCAUAACAUGUAAAGAACCAGCUAAAGUCCAAGGAAAGACUUGGAAAGAUCUAGACUCAGGUGAUUUUGCUUGCCGACCGAGUAUCGUGUACCCUUCCAAUAGCACCACAAUCAGAUCUUCUGAUACGAACAUAACACUGUCAUGCCACGUGACUGGAAACCCACUGCCUGAAGUAAAUUGGGUGCAGAACGCUCAAAUAAUUGACGGUACUUUUAGAUUAAGUGACAUAAAAUAUAUAAUUACCCAAAGCAACAGCGAGAACAACAAAUGGGUGAACUUAACGAUUCUCGAAACAGAAAGCACUGACAAUGGUGAAUAUUUGUGCGUAGCUAAAAACCAGGGUGGUGUUGAAGAACGCAGCUUGACUUUAGUGGUAACUCAUGAGCCUCCAGGAAUCAUCGUCCCUGCUGGCAUGCAUAAUAACAUGUUGCCAGUCCUAAUUGGAGUAUCUUGCACUGCCGCAAUUUUGCUCAUAUGCUUAGUAAUUCUGUGUUAUUGUUGUUGUAAAAAACGAUCUUCAGAGAAGAAAAAAGCUGAUACAUCGAAUGGGGAGGCGUUGAUAGAAGGAUCUGUUAUCCCGGAGAUGGAGAAGAGUUUGAUAACUGCAGUAAACCCAGUAACCAAGCCUCCCAGGAGGUAUGAUGCACCUCCUUCGAUCACAAGCGCGGGCACUGAAAUGUCAGAACUAAACAAGACAUUGCUGGACAGUGAUUUUGUAUAUGCCCACAACGACGAUGAAAAACGAUCUCUAGACUUCGAACACCCAACGAAAAGAUCUCACGAUGCUCUCAACGUAGAAUAUGGCCGCACAGACGGCCGCGCCUACCCACCUGACUUGCUCUCUUUCCCACCUCGUGCCGCCCAGAUAUCUCCCGCGGCGAGUAACGCUUCCACCGUCCCCGACACCACUAGACUCCCACCUCAGCUCAAUCCAGUGAGCCCAAUACAUUCCCCCAUUUACGGCAUGACGACCAAUCAGAACCUCUUCAGGACUCUCCCCUAUUCACGAUCUCAAUCCCCCUUCACGGCCCCAAUAACUCCACCAGUCGUAACCCCAAGACAAGGUUACGUAACAAUUCCUAGACGACCUCGAGUUCCAAGCUGGUCCAGCACGGCUAGCACGGCUAUCCUCCCGAGCAGCGAAGCGCAAGAACCUUUAUACGAUAAUCUAGGACUUAGAACAACAGCUGAUGGCAGUUCCGUUCUGUCUUUGAACAAAACCGGCUUGGAAGGACAAUUCUCUCCUAUGAGAAAUCGACCAUUACCAGCUACGCCGACAAACUACGCGCCUCCUCAACCAGUAUUCUAUGCCCCUAUUGAAGAACAAGAGCCAGCUCCAUCUCCCGUUCCGCAAUACGCUACCAAUCCUAGGAACAGUAUCUCUUCGCAACUCUCGACACCUGGCCCCCAAGAGCCUGUAAACCGCAUGAGUUGGACGGUAAAGAACGCAUCGACUCCUCAACCGGAACCAAGGAAAGCUUUGUUCAAUGAAAACAGAAACGCUGAUGCGCAGUCUCAAGCAUCUGACACUAGUACCUUAAGUCGGAAAGGGAAACCGGAAACAGGAUCUUUGAGAAGGAAUCCUAGGACAGAAAAGGAAGAGACCACUUCUUUGCCGACUUCUCCGUUGAAAGAGGACAAGAAGAAUGAGAGUAGCGUCUCUAACCUGUCAGGGACUUUGGGACGGAGUGGGAAGAUUCCGCCGAGACCUCCUCCGAAGCCGAAGAAAAAGCCGGUGGUAGCUGAAGUUAAUGCGAACGAGCCUUUGUUUGAGGACGAAUGUGAAGAUGGUACGGAAGUGUAGCAGACGAAGUUAUCAUAAAAACUAAGUGCCAACAUAAGGUGAUUUGUCACAACAGUGAACGCGUCACAUCAGUGAUAGUGGAAAAGACAUGGAUUGAAAUAUAGAUUCGGUGCUCGUGUACAUAUGUUCAUGCUAGAUUUUCUACGGUUACUAUUAAAAUCUAUGGACCAUUGGAAGAAUUCUAACAAGUGUUGUAAUAAUAUCCUGGACGUUAUCAUUUCUGUAUCGAAAUACGUUAAAUUAAGUAUUUAUUCUGUGGUAGUUUAGUAAGAUGAAUUUGAUCGAUUUCGCUUGCUAGAUAGCAUCUAUCAUUCAUUCUGAAGACUGAUUAUUCUAAAUUGAAUAUUCCAUUAUUGCGCAGAUGUCAACUUUGUAAAAUAUCAACUUUCAAUAAUAUUAACUACUACGCGUUUCAAACAAUAAAAAUCCCUAAUGUAAUGUGUACCAUUACAAAAGAAAUGCGAUAUGGCGUCAUGGACUUUCCUAUUCUUUAUUGAAACACGACAACUGAAACAUUUACUUCAGCGUAUUUUUUUACAUUACACAAAUUUUAUGAGCUAAUGAGAAAGAUAGGCAUGAUUAUAUUUUGAAACUGAGUCGGUAUACAAAGAAAUCGAUGUCAAAAAUGACAAAAAUUCUCUGAUCUCCAAUACAAAUUGCUGAACAAAAAUAUCGGACUUUAUGUGGAAAUUAGAAAUGUUUCGUUCUUCUGUCGCUGUUAAUCUUUUGCUUACAAAAUAUUGAAUAUUUUAUUACAUAUACUGAGCACAUUGUGAACAUUUGUGCAAAAAUACUAUAUGAAAACAUUUAUAAUGGUUCUGUUCUGGCAAGAAUAUAAUUAGCACCCAAUAGAGCGUUGUAGAUUUGCAAUCGACACGCGGAGAAGACGAAUAAGAAUAUCUAUAAUUAAUAUUUAUAUUUUAUAAGCUUUUGGCUGCGGCUUCCCAAUGAAUUUUAUGAAACGAAAAUUUCUUUAUCAAAUUAUUAUUUAGCACAAAGUGACUGUUUUACUUAACGAAGUUGACAUUUUGCGCAUAUGUUUACGUUUGACAUUCCCAUUUUGACCUUUCGAUUCCAACUUAAGCUUCAAUAGUGUGUUGCUAGGAUGACUUCACUAAACUUAGGUCGUAUUUUGGAAGACUGAUAAGUGAGUUGGCCGCUUUUAACUAUUAAUCUCGUUAAUAGUUAGUUUAAAGCGAGUUUUGUCAGUUGUGUUAAAUAUUUAGCUCGUGCAGCAAAAGAUCUUGCAAAAUCAUGUGUAUUUUCAGAGUGAGAUAUCCAUUAAACUCGAGUGUAUUUUUACAUACUUGUCAAUAGAAAAAUUAACGAAAUGUAUGUAAAUGAGUGACGACUGUUAAAACCCUUUCUAGAACUCGCCCUUAUGUCACAUAAUUUUUGUAUGAUCUUUUAAUUUUACAUAAAUAGAUGCCGGUCGUCGACGAGCGAAUUAUUUUAAACAGUACUUUUAUAAUGCCCUAAAAAUUUGUCAUGUCUCGAAAUAUUUAAACCACAUCGCAUUUUAUCAUUGGGCUGUUCGGACGAGCGUCAUUUUUACGUCGCGUUAGAAUAACGCUCGCGAAUAGUUUUCGGAUGUAUUCAGCUUAGUUUAUGAGUACAAAGCCGCCAACGUGGUAUUUUGUCGUGACGUAAAAAUGACGCUCGUCUGAACAGUCUGAACUUUAUCAUUUUAGCUGUUGUUCUUACACAAUGUUUUUGUAUCAUUUUUAUGUGUUUAUUUCUUGUGAUGUACUAAAAUAUUUAACUUCGCCCAUUCUAAGUUAAUAUUAUUUUAGUUUUAAGUAAUUUUGAGGCUGUAAAUCAGUGUCAAUUUUAAAUGAUCGGUUCAAAUGAUGUUUACCAAAACACAGCAUUUUAACGUUGGUUUGUAAUAAGUUAUAGUUCCUAAUUAUUAUUUUUUUACAAUUUGGUACUUUUCUGUGUAUACAUAGUUCUUUGUUGUUUUAAUGUAAGUUAGUGCUAUCAGCAAGAUGCGAAUACCUGUGGAGAUUGUCACGAAAUAAUUAUGAAAUGUUUUGAACUUUAAUUUAAGCAUCUUGAAUUUAAAAAGUGUGGAUACUUUGGAUAGUUAUCUAUAUGACUGUAGUAUGCUAUCGACAUAUUGAAUAGUAUAUACAGGCGUUUUAAAUUGAGGAUAAUCAUAAUUUACCUAAUGAUAACUAUACCUAUGCCUUAUUAAAAUCACGUUUACUGCAUUUAAAAAGCGUUUCAGUAAAAUAAAAUAUUGUCUAUUGACAUAAUUUGUAAUGUAUCCUUACAUUUAUUACAAGUACCAGUUUUAACACUGGAAAUAAAGGAUCUUUUCAAAAAAAUAAUUUUCCAUUAAAAAAUAUGUAUAUUAAUGAAAAAUCUCCUUAGGAUUAUGUUGUGAGUGGAGGCAUCUUGUAUGGUUUCAGUUCAAUGCUGGUGCUUUUUUGACAUUUUUUUGACUUAUUUAUUGUUAUACACGUAUUUUAACCACGGCAAGUACAUUUUACGAUCAUGAACUACGUUUUGGUAACUAUAUUUUAUUCGUCACCGUAUUUUUUAAGUUCUCCCGCGAAUUGUACAAUUUAUUGUAUUUUUACAAUUUUACUGUAGACAACCAGUUUAUGUAGUUUUUAAGUGCUGUAAAUACAAAUAUUAUUAAAGGCAAUUAAAGCUAUAUUUCCUAA